AUGUAUCCUGGGAUCUCUCCAGAUGUGACCUUAACUGCAACCUCAACAGCGAAGUACUUGUAUUCCGAUGGGUACCCAACUGCUUAUCCAAAUAAUUUGACAUAUGAUUGGCUUAUAACAUCAGAUAUUCCAACAGAACUUGUAAAUAUUAUAAUAGAAGAUUGUCAGAUUGAAUAUUUGGAGGGAAAGGUGACGUCAGCAUGUCAAGUUGACGAACUAUCCAUCUAUGAUGGCGAGUUUGACAAUUCUACAGCGCUGUACCAAUCGUGCUGUAUUACAGAUGUACCAGCUUUGAACAGUUCUGGUCCUAGCAUAUUAAUUAGAUUUGUAACCGACGCCACAAUUGUAGCCAAAGGAUUCAGAAUCAAGUAUUAUAAUUCUGCAUAUAAAGCUACAGAUGUAGCCGCUGCUUUUGGUCUUUACAUAGCAAUAGCAGUAAUAGUUGUUGCUGUAGGUGUUUGCGUUGCUGUAAUUGCUUUCUACGUUAUGAAGAAGACAAAGGUACAUAGUCAACGGGUCAAUCCACUAGGAAGAGAGGAGGCAAAUACCAGUACGAAAACAGACAGUUACCAAGAUACGGCAUCAGUCGAUGAGUAUAAUAAACCACCUUUACCAUCUGACAGCCCGGUACCAUUACCUACCGAUUGGUCAGAACUCGAGGGGAUGGCAGCACCACUUAAUAUCGGACCAAGGCCCGAUCUAAUCAGUUUCAAGAAUCUUUCUGAUGGUCAGACUAGAGGCAAUAAAUUGCCACCGAUUCAACAAGUGAACGAGAUUAACUAAAGUGUCUCUCACCAUUUUUGCACAUGACUAGCUCGCUCACGGAACACCAAAUUAAAACCCCACAGAAACUUAAACACUAACAUGAAUAUACAAACUGAUUUGUUGUAUGUAUUCAAUUAAAUGAACAUUUUAUGUUUUUAUAUGCAAUCUCAUCUAUAUAGCUAAUUAAGAAUUAAGAUAUCUUAUUCAGUUCCUGCUUUCUGUUUUCUUACGUUCUACAGGGAGACAUGUUGAAUCUCAUCGAACAGAAUUGAAAUUAUUGUUAGAAGCCACGACUGCGAUUUAUUUUGAAAAAUUACUAUAAGUGCUAAUUAAGUUACAUCACUUUUAGAAGAAGCUAUUUUGUAUUGAUUUUAUAUUAAACGUGUAGGAUUCUAUCAUACUCAGCUCUUUAGAAGCAUAUUUAAGUUUGUUGUAUAUAUGUUAUUAUAUUUAUUCUAAUUUAUAUCUAAUUUCUUUAAAAAUAUCAAAUAUAUUUAAGUUGAUUGUAUAUGUUGUAAUAUAUAUUUAUACAGA